AUGGCUCCAACUCGAGACAGUGGAAAGUCUUCCAAAUACGAGAGAGACAAGGGAAAGUUCCCUAAGAAGUUGUCGAAGGCGAAGAGCCGGAGAAACUUCCAGGGCAUGAAGAAAGUUGAUGAUCAGUACAAGGAGUUCGUUAAUGCUGCAGCUGCAACAGAUAUGUUGCUUCAAGAAGAGGCAGGUUUCUUGGAGGCCGAUGGACCUAUGGAGAAGACCAUGAAGUUUAAACAAGACGAUAUUGCUGAAGCUGUUGAUGUGAGUACGGCCAAUAAGAAGUUUGACCUUAAGCUUCCAGAGUUUGGCCCAUAUACCCUAGACUACUCCAGAAACGGUCGUAAGCUCUUGAUCGGAGGCAAAAAGGGACAUGUUGCAGCUAUGGAUUGGCGUCUUGGUAAGCUUGACUGUGAGCUUUUCCUUAACGAGACGGUCAACGCUGUGAAGUAUUUCCACAACGACCAAUACUUCGCAGUGGCCCAAAAGAAGUAUACUUUCAUUUAUGACAGAACUGGUUUGGAGCUUCACCGGUUGAAGCAGCAUCUAGAGCAUACUGUUUUGGACUUUUUGCCAUACCACUUUUUGCUUGUUGGCGCUGGUCAUACCGGUGUCUUGAAGUAUCACGACGUUACUACAGGUACUAUGGUCAAAGAACUUAAAACAAGACUAGGCCCUACGCAAGCCAUGAAACAAAACCCAUGGAAUGCGGUCAUGCAUUUGGGUCACUCCAAUGGUGUUGUAUCUCUUUGGACGCCGUCUGCAAACGAGCCUGUUGCAAAGUUGCAAUCUUCCAGAGGACCAGUCAGAGACUUGGCUAUUGAUAGAGAAGGAAAGUAUAUGGCUGUCGCAGGCGCUGAUAAAGUGGUCAAGCUCUGGGACUUGAGAAAUUUCAAGGAGCUAGAUAUCUAUCGUACUCCUACCCCAGCUUCAUCAUUGGACUUCUCGGAUUCCGGCUUACUCUCUGUCGGUUGGGGACCUCACAUUUCCGUCUGGAAAGAUAUGCAUAAAACACAUCAAGAUGAGCCAUACAUGACCCAUCUCUUGCCUGGUUCAAAGGUUGAAGCAGCCAAGUUUGUUCCUUUUGAAGAUUUGCUCGGUAUUGGCCACAAGAAGGGUAUUUCUUCCUUGAUCAUCCCAGGCGCUGGUGAGGCCAACUUCGAUGCCAUGGAGAUUAACCCUUACGAAUCUGCUAAGCAGAGACAAGAGGGUGAAGUCAAGGCUUUGAUGAACAAGUUGUCUCCAGACACUAUUGCAUUGGAUCCAGACUUUAUUGGUUUGGUUGACGAGAAAGCACGUAACGUCAGACUAAACAAGAGUGAUUUGGAGAAAGCUGAGGCUGACGAAGCUAGGGAAAAGGAAAGUAGUGACUUUGGCAUCAGACCAGAUCUUCCGAAGGAGAAGUCCAAGUUGAAGAAGUAUUUGGAAAAGAACAAGAGCAAUGUCAUGGACGCAAGAAAGAUGAGAGCUGAAAGGAACUUGGCUCUUGAGGAAGAAAGAAGAGAAAAAUUAAGGUUGAAAGAAAUGGGCGUUCCUGACAAGAAAGACGAACUUGGACCCGCUCUCGGUAGAUUUGCAUAA